GAACAAUUCAACAAAACAGCACAGCACAAGUUCAGUCAACAUAGUAUAACUCCAAGCCCAUGAUCUGAAUCAUGUUUUGUUCUGCAAUUUCUCCUAGGCACUUCCUUCGUUCAGUAGUUCUUGAUCCUUACGCUCAGAGCACAACUAUUGCAGAUAGGUGCGAGUGCUUGGGGUUUAACAAGUCAGCAAAUUUCAGGACAAAGAGACUGUUGUGUGCUAAAGGGUUCAAGCUGAAUUGUUUGGAUGAUAAAGGGAUGGAUCUGGGCACAUCGUCCGAGGACGAUACUGCAGAAGAGGAGGUAAAGGAGCCUAGUUUUUCAACAAUGGUGAUGAAUUUUGAGAGUAACUUUGAUCCUUAUGGAGCAGUUAGUCUCCCGCUUUACCAAACUGCUACUUUUAAGCAGCCUUCUGCAGUAGAAAAUGGUCCAUAUGACUAUACCAGAAGCGGAAAUCCUACCCGAGAUGCUUUAGAAAGUUUACUGGCAAAACUUGAUAAAGCAGAUAGAGCCCUAUGCUUCACCAGCGGAAUGGCUGCUUUGAGUGCUGUUGCUCAUCUUGUUGGAACUGGUGAGGAAAUCGUUGCUGGAGAUGAUCUUUAUGGUGGCACGGAUAGGUUGCUUUCUCAAGUAAUUCCAAAUACUGGAGUUGUGGUGAAACGGGUAAAUACAAGUGAUCUAAAUGAGGUUGCAUCUGCUAUUGGACCCCGGACUAAGCUUGUGUGGCUUGAGAGUCCAACCAAUCCUCGGCUACAAAUUUGUGAUAUUCGAAAAAUAGCAGAGAUGGCUCAUUCACAUGGUGCUCUUGUGUUGGCAGACAAUAGUAUAAUGUCACCUGUGUUGUCCCGGCCAUUGGAAAUUGGAGCAGAUAUCGUCAUGCAUUCAGCUACCAAAUUUAUUGCUGGCCAUAGUGACAUUAUGGCUGGUGUGCUAGCUGUGAAAGGUGAAAGGUUGGGAAAAGAAUUGUAUUUCUUACAAAAUGCAGAGGGUUCAGGCUUAGCUCCAUUUGAUUCUUGGCUUUGUAUGAGAGGAAUCAAGACAAUGGCCCUGCGAAUUGAGAAGCAACAGGAUAAUGCGCAGAAGAUUGCUGAGUUCCUUGCCUCUCAUCCACGAGUUAAGAAAGUGAACUAUGCUGGUCUGCCAGGUCAUCCUGGACGUGAUUUACACUAUUCUCAGGCAAAGGGUGCAGGAUCUGUGCUUAGCUUUCUAACAGGUUCUUUGGCACUCUCAAAGCACAUAGUUGAAACUACCAAGUACUUCAGCAUAACCGUCAGUUUUGGGAGUGUGAAGUCCCUAAUCAGCUUGCCCUGCUUUAUGUCCCAUGCAAGCAUACCUUCUGCAGUUCGUGAGGCCAGAGGUUUAACUGAAGAUCUUGUGCGUAUAUCUGUGGGUAUUGAGGAUGUCAACGAUCUCAUUGCUGAUCUAGACCAUGCACUUAGAACCGGGCCUCUGUAAUUUUUUCUAAAUAUCCAAUCUUAUGAAGUCUCAUUACUAAGUGCAUGGUCUAGAUCAGCAAUGAGAUUGUUGACAUUCUCAAUACCCACAGAUAUAUGCACAAGAUCUUCGGUUAAACCUCUGGCUUCACGAACUGUAGAAGGUGUGCUUGCAUUGUGAACCUCUCUAUCCAAUUUAUUGACAAGCAUGCAUCAAAAAGUGUGUAAAGGAAUUGUUCUAGAAAACUAGUUUUAAAAGAAGCCUGAAUCUCUGCAAAGAAAGAGUGUAAGAAGCAAAAUAUUACACACUUGCAAGAGAAAUAUUAGUGCUUAUUGUUCAAGAACCUGGAAUAGAGAAGGUGGGUGUAGUCCCUAAUCAGCUUUGCAGUUCGUGAGGGCAGAGGUUUAACCGAAGAUCUUGUGCAUAUAUCUGUGGGUAUUGAGGAUGUCAACGAUCUCAUUGCUGAUCUAGACCAUGCACUUAGAACUGGGUCUCUGUAAUUUCUUUUAAAUACCCAACCUUUUGAAGCUGGAUUAACAUUUUGUUUUAAUUACGCAUUUUUAGAAUUUGGAAGCACUGUUAUCCAAUUUUGGAGCCUCAAGGCUGGAAAAUUUGAUGUGUUU